AUGGAUCCUCAAAAUUCAAAAGAACCAUUUGCACGAAGGACACAGAACAGGACUCGAAUGAAUCCUACUCAACACUCAUCGAACCCUUUUGCACGAACUACACAGCAUAGGACUCCAACGAAUCCUACUCGAUUCUCAUCGGGCCCUUUUGCACGAACUACACAGCAAAGGACUCCAACGAAUCCUACUCAAUACACAUCGGGCCCUUUUGCACGAACCACACAGCGUAGGACUCCAACGAGUCCUACUCAAUACACAUCGGGCCCUUUUUCACGAACCACACAGCGUAGGACUCCAACGAAUCCUACUCAACACACAUCGAGCUCUUCUGGGAAUAGGACCCUAACAAAUCCUACUCAAUACUCAUCGAGCUCUUCUGCGAAUAGGACUCUAACGAAUCCUACUCAAUACUCAUUGAGCUCUUCUGCCCGAACCACACGGAGUAGGACUCCAUCGAAUCCUACUCAAUACUCAUCGAGCUCUUCUGCACGAACUACACAGAAUAUGACUCCAACGAAUCCUACUCAAUACUCAUCGAGCUCUUCUGCACGAACUACACAGAAUAUGACUCCAACGAAUCCUACUCAAUACGCAUCGAGCUCUUCUGCCCGAACCACACGGAAUAGGACUCCAACGAAUCCUACUCAAUACUCAUCGACCUCUUCUGCACGAACUACACAGAAUAGGACUCCAACGAAUCCUACUCAAUACUCAUCGACCUCUUCUGCACGAACUACACAGAAUAGGACUCCAACGAAUCCUACUCAAUACUCAUCGACCUCUUCUGCACGAACUACACAGAAUAGGACUCCAAGGAAUCCUACUCAAUACUCAUCGAGCCCUUCUGCACGAACUACACAGAGUAGAACUCGAAACAAUUCUACUCGAUAA